CAAUUGACGACACAGAAGAGACUUCACCAUCUUGCAAUUAGUUUGGGAUUCAAUCUUCGACCCAGUUCGCCCGCGUAAGCGCGAAAAAUGUUGCACUUGAUAAAGUGCGUCAGAUCAAGUUCGCGUUUCGCUGCCACUCGUUGUCGUUAAUACAAGUGUUCGUCUGAUCGAUUUAUUCGCUUUAUUGCGCAAGGAGGUCAGUUUCUGCGGGUUUUGCACGCAAAAGUUCGCGAUGCAUUCUGGGCCAGCAAUGGUGGGCGCGUGAUUUUGAACAAUUCGAGUUAUCGAAGAAACGCGCAGGUACGUGUCUCCGACGUCAAAUAUUUAACGCGAAUCUUGUUCAUCCUAUUUCCCCGAGUCGGACUUUUGAAUUUGAAGAUAAACAGUGUCCUCUUGAUUACGGGUUUUGAUUUCAGUGAUUCGAUCUCGACUUCGUCGUCGAUUCGAACAAUUUGAGGUUAUGUUUCAUGUUAUUCGAGCUGCGCGCCGCUUACGCUUGACGGUUUCCUCGAUGAUACGACCGUUCCCGAGUCUCUAAUCGUGAAUUCUUCGCUAUGAGUUCGUGCAACUGAUUGUUUAAAAUCGCAUCUUCUACAGUACACUCGAAAAUACAUUUCACAAAAAUGGCGCGUUCCACUAAAUAAAUGGCGCUGAUGUUCUACGGGUUAUUCGCGCUUCGAACUCGUUUUUUUGGCGUAUUCGAAUCUGUCGUUCGGCAUUCGAAUCCUCGCAUGCUUCACUGGUGAGUGUUGUGGAGGCACAGCCGACAGCUGUUUCGCGAUUUUGAAAGUGCAAGUGCAAGAAAUCAAGUUUCCUCCGUUCCGAAAAGGACUAUUGUGGGUUGCAUCGGCGAUGAAACGAUAGAAUUGCAGCGAUUAAAAUGUGAUAUUAUCAUGUCCACGAAUAAAGGACAAAAUGCAAGGGCUUUGGUGGAGCCUGUAGCCUUGGAUUCACGUACGCUGGGAGAUAGUGACCUUAGUGCACUGAGCUUAUCGCACAACAGUGAGCAAUACAGUUCGAAUGACUUUGAUGCCUUUGCAAAUAUUCAAGCAGACUUCGAAUGUAUGAAUGCCGAAGAAGUUAUGUCAACCGAUGAGGAUCGGAUAGUAAUUGAGCGAAAUAUUGAGACUGAUACGAUAGUACCUGAUGUGGAAAUGACUGAUAUUUCUGGGCAAGUGCAGGCGGAACAUGUUUAUACAAUGGCUAACCAAAACAGCCAGAAUAUCGUGUUUCAAACUAAGCCUACAUUGCAGAGAGUGCCUGUAUCUGCAGUUCAAGUGAAGUCAAAUGUCUGCCAAACUACACAGAGUCAAUCAAUUAUGAUAGUGUCACCUGCCAGUGGACAAGGCACUAGUCAGAUUCUUAAGAUAUCACAUCCACCGACAGCUUCACCUGAACAAUUACAGUCAUUGGCUCAGACUCUCAUAACGGGAAAAUCUACUGAUGGAAGUGUCGUUCAAUUGAGAUCGACUCAGCCUACUAAAUCUAUUACGACAUCUAGUUCUUCAGGAAAUAUCACAAUUAGUAACAUGCAGAAUGUAAAAAUAAGUCAGCCGACGUUGAAGCGAGCAACGCAAAAUGUUCAGCAAGGGCGUAAUGUAUAUACAAAAAUGAUAUUGACGGGAAAUCAAACGCAGUCUGCUCAACAAGUUCUCAUUACAAGUUCACAGAGUGAAAAUCAACAGAGCCAAGGAAUUAAAUUCCUUAACAAUAGUUCUUCCACUUAUAGUGUUACGAGUCCAACAAAGACCAUAACAUUAGCGCAAGCGCAACAAAUGGGUAUACUUUCUACAAAUAAAGUACAACAUAUUUUACCAUCAUCAUCGCAGAAACAGGGGAUGAUUUUGAAUAAAUUGCUGCAAUCUUCGACGUCGCAGCCAUCAAAAGUAACCAUAGUGCCCACCAGCAGUGCUGCAAAGUCACCAACAAAAAUUCUCCCUGCACCAGCUACGACGAUUCAGCCGAAAUCUUCAACAACGACGAAUCAGCAAUCUACAUUUAUUUCAACCAAAUCAUCCACACAACAAAAUCCACAGAAAGUGAUAAUCAGACAGAGUUCUUUGAAACCUGGUACUGUACUUGGAAGUGGGCAAGUUAUUAGAAUACCUGCUAAUCAAAACAUCAUGACUGGAUCAAAUCAAGUUCACCAAAUCCAAAUGCCUGGAAGACAAGUGCAAUAUGUGAGAUUAGUUAGUACACCAUCAUCAGGAUCUACCAACGUCGUUACUGUAAGCAAGUCAAAAUCUGCCACAACACUUCAAACUGUAGGCAUUGGUCAGAAAAUAGGAAAUCAGCAACAAAUUGUAAAGGUUGUGCCUCUAAAUACUAAUCAAUCUUUAAGAACUGUUGCACCUAAGACAACACUUACGAGCGGAAGUCAAAGACUGCUUAUACCUGCAGCAGCUACUACUGGAACAACUGUCGGCAAUCAGCCGAAAAAUACUGUAGCUAUUCCUGCUUCAGCAUUAAGCCAAUUAGCAUCAGGUCAGGCAGUUUUAUCAGCCAAUUCGAAUGUUGGAAAUAUCGUUGUUCUUCCCGCUCAAUACAUUCAACAACAGUCGACGGAUGAUGCAAAGUUGAAAUCACAACAAACAACAUCAAACCUAAUGGGAAGCUCACAAAGUUCCACGGCAACUCUAUGUGUAAUAGAAGGGAAGAAUUCUCAAAGGGGUUACGGUAAUAUUGAACCGAACGGUAUUAGGCCAAGAAAACCAUGCAACUGCACAAAAUCACAGUGUCUUAAACUCUAUUGCGAUUGUUUCGCGAACGGCGAAUUCUGUCACAUGUGUAAUUGCAACAACUGUUCAAAUAAUCUCGGGAACGAAGAAGAAAGACAGCGUGCUAUUAAAUCCUGUUUAGAACGCAAUCCUAAUGCUUUUCGCCCGAAAAUUGGCAAAGGCCGUGAGACCGGUGACGACAUAAGAAGACAUAACAAAGGCUGCAACUGCAAACGUAGUGGUUGUCUAAAAAAUUAUUGCGAGUGUUAUGAGGCUAAGAUCCCAUGUUCUGCAAACUGCAAGUGUAUAGGCUGUCGUAAUAUCGAAGAACCAAUAUUGGAGAAGAAGAGUUUGAAGGAUCUGGCGGAAGCAGCUGAAGUCAGAACGGCUCAGCUCAGUUUGAAUAAAGCACAGCUGCAAUUGUCAGAGAUGGCAUUUAGACCACCAGCAACGUCUAACUCUGGGACAAGACAACCAUUUAAUUUCUUGACGGAUAAAGUGGUGGAAAUAACAUGUCAAUGUUUGAUGGCACAGGCAGAUGAAGCGGAACGUAAUAUGUUUGACGACGAGACGUCGCAACGACUCAUUAUUGAAGAGUUCGGUCGAUGUCUGAAGGAGAUUAUCGAAUCAGCACAUAAAGCUGAGGCUACCUAGCAGGUGCACUUGUGUAUUUUCCCUAAAGUUAUAUCGCAACACUUGUUUUUCAUUGUUUAUUAACGUGUUUAUGGGAGUCGAGUCAAAGUAUGAAAACAAUAGUGUAAUGAGUGUUGCGUGCCAAAGACAUUAUCGUGGGGUACAAAAAAGUUCUUGGCAUCCUUUUAGCCGGUUAAAUUAUACCUUAAGUCUUUUAAACUCUUACAUACAAACAACGGUUUGAGGUUGUGGUUGGUUAUAGUGUCUAAAUAGCCAUAUUACGACUUACACUAAGUCUUCUUGGAUACAUUUGAAACUUUGCCUAAGAAAAAGCGAAAUAAUUUAGUAUGAAAGAAGAAUCAAUUCUGCUUGAACUAGUUUCUUAACGAUGAAAUUAUUCUGAAGGUUUAUAGUCCAGACAGACGAAUUGUUUUUUCUCUAAUUUCUGACAUAGAGCAAGGACAAUUUUAUUUUAUUGUAAAAAGAGCAGAAAUGAUCAACUUCAAAUUACUAACUACUAUAACGAAUCAGAAGAUUUUAAGUUCUUGAUGGGAAAAUUCGAGUAAUUAUAAUUGAUUGUUUCCAUAGAGAGAUGUUCUUAAGACAUAAUGAACCAGAAAUUAUGAAAUGGUAAAUCAAUACUACUUUAUUUAGCAGUUUGAUUACGUAAUCACAUACAUCAUUGACACUUCACACGAUGUUACAAACACGUCGCGAGAUAUGUUGAAAGAAACGAUAACAUUCUUGCGAGUUUACUUUGUAGUCUGAUUACAAGCUCGUAUUCACAUACAAUUUAUAGAGAUAAUUACUACAUUUACAUUUAUAAUAUAUAUUAGACAGUAA